AACACGCUCAUCACGUUAGUAAUUUGAGCUGUACCUGUACUGUGGCUUCGAGAAAACGUCCUCAGAGCUGUAGAGACGUUUUUAUUAGAGAUGGCUGCUGCUGUACUCGCCAAGCUCUACAGAGGAAUAACAAAAUCUAGAUCAAAGUCAUUCUCACAAGUGCUGACAAAAACUGAGGCAGUGUGUGUAGAUGGGGUGACAUGGAAGAGCAUGUCCAUUGAAAUUAGUCCAGAAAAUCAUUUGGAAGAUUUCAAGAAGUAUUUACUUUGCUCUGUGAGGCCAGAGUGGGAAGGAAGAGUUCUAACUAGCAAGAGCUUUGAUGCUGGUACCACGAAUGCUUUAUUCGCCAUUUACGACAAAGAAAAGGGAAUGGACGCAGACACGGUUCUAAUUAGAAUCAACGGAAAUGGGACUGAGAAUCUAAUAUGUCGAAAAGACGAAAUUGUAUCACUGCUAUGUCUUCAUCACCACCACCUCUCUCCCCCAAUGUACGCCCAACUCAAUAACGGUAUGUGUUACGGCUUUAUGACAGGAAGAUCUAUCGUCGCUGAAGAGCUUACAAAUCCGGUGAUGAUGAAAAAGAUUGUCAGAGCGUUAGUGAAGAUGCAUUCGCUCGAGAUGCCCACCUCAUUUCGUGGCCGAGAACCGCACGUGUGGUACAAGUCUGCACAAUGGCUGAAGCUUGUUCCAACUCACUUUGACGAGGCAGACAAGCAAAGAAGGCUUGUUGAGAGUGUUGGCUCCAUUGAUGAGCUACAGCAUGAGAUGGAUGAGAUGAAGAAAGAGUUAACGUUUGCCCGAUCACCGGUCGUCUUCUGUCACAACGACCUCACCGCGGGGAACAUCAUCUACAACGAGGAUAAAGAUGAAGUGGGACUGAUUGACUUUGAGUACGCAGGACCUAACUACCUUGCUUUUGAGAUAGCCAAUCAUUUCUGUGAAUUUGCUGGUGUGCAUGAUAUCGACUUCUCCCUCUAUCCCACCGAGGACGUACAGAAGCUCUGGAUAACUGCUUACCUUGAGGAGUCUACAAGAGGUCCAGUGAGUGUGAGCGAGGUACAUGACAUUUACAGAGAAGUGAAUAAAUUCACCCUGAGUAACCAUCUAUUUUGGACCGUGUGGGGAGUCUUUCAAGCUCAGAACUCAAGCAUUGACUUCGACUAUAUUGGGUAUGCAGGUAUUCGAUACAGUGAGUACAAGAAGAACAAAGACAAGUUCCUAGCAUUGUGAACAAUGUCUUAUUAUUAUAGCUGACCCAAUUCCCCCAAUUCCCUUUUAUUUAUUUGGCUUUAAAUGUUUCUUGUGAGUGUUGUGAGUGGGAUCAGGAGUGCAUUAUGUAUGUGGAUGAUUUUUGCUUUCAAAAUAAAAAUUUAUUGCUGA